CCGCCGCAGAUACCCGACCGAAGAACCAACCGGUCGCCUCCCCUCACCUGCCCAGCUGCCCUUGCCCCGCCCAAAUUCCAAACCGAGCUCACCAGCGCCGGCGCCGGCGCCGGCACCGCGGCACGCCGUGCCCUUGCUCCCCAAUGUCCCAUCUCCAGCACCUCGCCGCCGGCGAACUCGUCACCGCACUCCGCGGAGCCUCCUGCCCUUCAUCAGCCCUCCGUCUCUACUCCCUCAUCCGCAUCCACGCCCGCCCCUCCGAUCCCGCCCUUUUCGCCUGGCGCCCCGCCGUCCUCGCGCUCAAGCCCCUCUCGGCAGCCGCCUCCCUCCCUCUCCUCUCCCACUUCCACGCCCACCUCAUCAGGUCCAACCUCCUCGCCUACCCUCACGUCGCCUCCUCCCUCCUACGCGGUUACUCACUCCUCUCACCCGAACACGCCCACCACCUGUUCGAUCAAAUACCACCCUCCACCUGCAACCUGGUCGUCGUCAACGUCAUGCUCGGGUCCCUCUGCCGAUCCUCCGAUCUAGCUUCCGCGCGAGCCUUCUUUGAUGGCAUCCCUGACAAGGACGUGGUUUCUUGGUCAACCAUGCUUGCCUGUUAUUUCUCCCACAGUCGCGUAGCCGAAGGCCUUGCUUUCUUCCGCACAAUGACAUUUACCACUCAGCUUGCUGCAGAUUAUGUGAUGCUCGUCACCGUUCUCACGGGUUGUGCAUCAGCUGGCUUGCUGCCAGUGUCCUGCAGGGCCAUUCAUGGAUAUAUUGUCCGGCGCGGAAUCACCUUCACCAUGCACCUUGGCACGGCUUUGAUUGAUUGCUAUGCCAAGGCUGGCCGCCUUGAUUAUGCAUCCCGUGUGUUUUGCCGAGUCCCUUUGAGGAAUGUGAUGCACUGGACCGCAAUGAUUUGUGGGUCGGCAGCGCAUCUUGGCAGCGAAAAGGCCAUCCAGCUGUUUGAGGAGAUGUGUCGGAGUGGAGUGCAACCAAAUGAGAUGACAUUCACAGCUGUUCUCAGUGCAUGCGGGCAAGCUGGACUGGUGGAUCAAGGGAGGAGGUUCUUUAAACUUAUGGUUGACACAUAUGGCUUUGAGCCGACUAUACAUCACUAUGGCUGCAUUGUUGAUCUCUAUGCAAAGGCUGGGAAACUGGAGGAUGCUUAUGAGGUUAUCAAGACCAUGAGAAUGGAGCCAAAUAUCAUCAUUUGGACUUCAUUGUUAGCAGCAUGCAAGAAGUUCAAAAAUUUUUACAUUGCAGUGGAGGGAAUAGAGAAAGUCUUGUCAAUGGAGAUAUCAGAAGAAAAUGGUGGAUUAUAUGCACUGAUUUCUGACCUUUAUGCUAUGGGUGGACAGUGGGAAGAUGUGCUAAGGGUUAGGAGUUUGAUGGAGGAACGUAAUGUGUGGAAGAUCAGAGGGUCAAGCUCCAUCAAGGUGGGCGAACCCCAGGACUUUACUUUUCCUGCAGUCAGUUGAUUUUUCAUAUGGUUUCCACAACCUGGAAGUUUUGGGACAGAAUGGAAGGACACAGCCUCUUUUGAUUGGCUUCACUGCUGAAGUAUUCAGAGGAUAACUUUACAUGCUACUUGGUGAAAUCUGUUUGGGGGCAUCAGUGGAAUGAAUACAAGUUUUUACCCGAUCUUUUUUCACUGCUGCGUUGAGUAUUUGAGAUAAUCGAUGAUAUUUGGAUAUGGUUGAUCAGGAUGAUAAACUGGCAUAUUAGAAGAUCAUCUGUUUGAUGCAUGGAGAUUACUCAGGUGCAUAUGAAUAUAUGAUCAAUUGAUGCUUCAAACAAACUAAUGAGGGAUAACAAAGGAUAUCUCUGAGUAAUGGUUUUCAUGACUUCUUCCUAGCUGAUUUGGCUUUCCAGACACAACCGAAGACAGCUCAACAAUUGAGUUUCAGCUCCUUACUUUCAUUAAAACUCUACAGUUGAUCAAUUAUCCAGUCUGUUUUGUCGCUAACAGUUUACAAGUCCUGCAUCUUCAAUAAAUUCUGCAAGCUUGUAUCCAGGUGACAUUUUUCGUAGAUUGCAGUUUUUACAUGUUAUACGGCAAAAAAAAAUAUUCCUGUUGUGCUCAUUGGAAAUUCUUUUAGGAUCAAUGUCCUGGAGUUGCUGUACAUUGCUAUAUCACUUGUAUUUGAGUGGAUAAACUGUUGGCUAAUGUAAAAAAAAAAGCCUUCUGUGAAAACAAAUUGAUGGAAAUCAUGAAACUGUUCUGUGUUGCAAUGCUUGCAGUA